AAUAAAUAAUAUAAAUUUUCUUUGUCAACGAUUUUCAUUUAGCAUUUUAUCAAGUUAAUAUUUACACAUUUCCUAUUUGGUACUUUUCUUAGAGGUUAAUAUAUUUAUAUUAUGUUUUUUAAUAAAUUUAUAGAUUUUAGCAGGAUAAAUUUUAGGUAAUUUUUUGAGUCAUGCAUAAAAACAUAUAUCAGCAAGCAAAGAAUAAUAAAAAACAUAAUAUGUAAAAAAUUAUAUUAUAAUAAUUAUUUCUUUCUAGAUGCCAAGUAACAAAACCAUAUUUAAAGUUAAGUGCAAUAUUAAAAAUUGCAAAACUUCUAAAAUAAGAAGUGACAAGAUACAUGAACAUUAUAAACAUAAACAUCCUCAUGUCAAGCCAGCUGAUAUGAAAUUUACAAAGGUAGCCAUCAAAAGAGAUAAUAAUAAUUGGGUAUCUUUAAAUUGUGAUAUUCCAUAUAAUAUCACAAAUGGAGUUGAAACCCAGUUGCAAAAAAAGACAAUAACAUCUUACUUCCAAAAAAAAAUCUCAGUUAUUGAAGAUUCACAAAUUGUAUUAUCUCCUCAUCCAAUCCCCAGUUCCAGUGAGGUGUUUACUUUGUAUGAUGAGCAAAUCUCCAAUAUUGAAGAUUCACAAAUUGUAUUAUCUUCUCAUCCAAUCCCCAGUUCCAGUGAGGCGCUUACUUUGCAUGAUGAGCAAAUCUCCAAUAUUGAAGAUUCACAAAUUGUAUUAUCUCCUCAUCCAAUCCCCGGUUCUAGUGAGGCACUUACUUUGCAUGAGGGAAUAAAUUAUGAGGAUAUUCAAAGUCCAAGUCUUAUUCAGCUAUACAAAAAAAAGGAACCAAAUGACCCUUUUCACUUUAUAUUAUUUAGGAUGACAAAUAUUUUGAUAAAUUUCAUAAUUGCUGUAGGCCCUUGUCAGCCAUGUACAAAUAAAUUUCAAUAUCCUGUUACUAACAAGAGGUUUUAAAUAAUAUUUAUUUUCAUUAAU